CAUCGACCUUGUCAAACUACAUUUUAUGCCAGAUCAGCCCCAGCUCCUUCUCAGCCUCCUCACACAGUUUAAACUUCUGGACCUGAGGCAACAGAGAGAGAGAGAGAGAGAAAAUGGACAGGAUGUUUGAAAAGGAGGGGACGUUCACCAAGGAUGCGCUGUGUGAGCUGGUUGUUACUGGGAAACUGCCUCCUGGUGCUUGGCCGAGCGGUGCUGGGAGCCCCCAAUCAGUGCCCCAACCUCUGCCACUGUCACGGUGACCUUCAGCACGUCAUCUGUGACAGUGUUGGACUGAAGAGAAUUCCCCGGGUGUCAGAGGCCACACGUUUGCUGAACUUGCAGAGGAACAACAUCGGCAGCAUCCCCACAGGGGCCUUCAGCGAAAGCAAGGGUCUUAUCUCUCUGCACAUGCAGCAAUGUCAACUGAAAGAGAUCGAAUCCCAGGCAUUCAAGGGACUGAAGAAGCUUGUCUACCUCUACUUGUCCAACAAUGAGAUCAACAACAUCAGGCCUGGUGCUUUUGAUGAUCUCACCGAGCUUACCUACCUCCACCUAGACGGGAAUCAGAUUGGUGACCUGACAAAAGGCAUCUUCUCACCCAUGGUCAACCUGUUCAUUCUGCAGCUAAAUGACAACAGGCUGCGUGAAUUAAGGCCAGGGAUUUUCACAGGUGCCAAAGACCUCCGCUGGCUGCACAUGAGCGGAAACGAGUUGACCACCCUGCAUCCCGGCUCUCUAGAUGAUGUGGAGAACCUCGCUAUUCUUCACCUAGACAGAAACAAGAUGUCCACCUAUCCAAGUGCGGCAAUGAGUAAAUUGCGAGUGGUGGAGGAACUCACACUGGGGAGAAAUCUCAUGAGGACCAUCCCAGACAAUGCCUUCCAGAGCUUUGGACGCUACAUGGAGAAACUACACCUGGACAACAUGAAUCUGGAGAGGUUUUCUGACGGUGCAUUCACUGGAGUGACAGCCAUCAAGUCACUGCACUUGGACAACAACAAGCUCAGGUCCCUCCCCAAGAGCCUGGAAUUUGGCACAAUCACUAACCUCACCCUGUCAAACAACUCUUGGAGCUGCACCUGCCAGCUAGCUCCACUGCGCAGGUGGAUGGACUCUAGCCGCAGUCGUCCAGAUGCAGUGUGUGUUUCUCCACCUUCUCAGAAGGGGAAACAAGUCAGAGACAGCAACGCCUUCAUUGGCUGCAGAGUGAAGGCAAAGAGAGCUAAAAAAGGCACACGCCAGUGAGGAUGCAGCUAAUAUAGGUCAUUGGUGCUGAUGUUGUGUCUUUCCCACAGCAGCUGUAGUGAGUGGGAACCUGCCCAGGGGACUGGCUACAACGGUAGUGCUAACUCACUUCUAUUUCAAGACUGUUCGUCCAUUCACCUGUCAGAUGUUGUCAUUAGUUUAAACACAGAUGCAGCCAGACAUUUUACAACAAUAUAAAUCAGCUACUACUGUGGUCAACAGAAGUAAUGUUGUUUCAGUGUUUAACUUCACUUUAACAAUAAAGGUCAAGUAUGCAUGAGUGUUCUGUCAGUUCUUUAUAAACAAUAGCCUGUAGCUCCUCUUUAAACCCUUACAGGGAAGACAUGCUAAUUUACUCAAUUAAUUAUAAUCAUAUGUCAUAGCACCACUUUGAUACUGAAAGUCAUUUUAAACUACAUGUUGACUUCACAUGCUAUAUAAUAGAUGUUUUAGAAAAUUUAAACUUUAAAACCAGACUACAUCAAACAUUUAAACUAAGUUAAAUUACUUUACAUUAGAAAUUAAAGCAGAAAGUAGCCUCAGUGCAGAUAAACACACCACAAGAUAAUUCUUACGGCUAAUUAAAAAAUACUCCUGUGUAUUUGCUUUUAAAGGAAGGGGGGGAGUAAAUAUGAAUGUUAUUUACCUGUUUAACUCGGUUUACUUUAAGUAUAGGAAUAUAUUAAACCUUUACUCAAAACAUAAUAAUCUUCUAUAAAAUCCAAUAAAAAAAAUAGAUAGAAGCUGAAUUAAAAUGGUUAAUAAGCUAUGUAUUUAUCAUUAAAUGCUGUCUGUUUUUAUUUUUACACGGCUUAUACAUGUCUGAGCAUAAAAACAUGAUGUAGAGAGAAAUUAUCAAUAAAUUCUGUAUGUCUUACACAUUUUCACUAUCUUUCCAUAUAAUUUUAAAUGUUAUUGAUGAUAAUAAAGCCUAAAACGAA